AUGGGGGAAGCCUAUACGUGGGCUGUGUACCUAGCCAGUCGUUGUCGUCUCUUCCUUAGAAGCAAUGAAUUGUUUCCAAUGGCUUUGAAGGCCGCAAACCGUCUUUUUCUUGAAAGUUGGACUGAGUAG